AUGAGAGUUCACACCAUACACGAUCUGAAUGCGCGCAAUCCAACGCCGCCAUCUAAUCCGCUCCUGACUCCAACCGUGACCGACGCAGAGCGGCGGUUUUCGCGCUUCUCCGUCACCGAUGCCGUGCAUCUGAAGCUAAAGCUGCAAGCCCUCGACAACGCCGUAUCGAGCAUUCGCCCGGAAAAUCAUGACCAAGCUGAUAUCGCAACCAUCACCAGUGCAUGUCAAACACGACCUUUUGAAGAAACUGUGUACGUUGCUGGCUCAGAGAUUUUCUACCUCGUAGUAAAAGGUCUUGCACGACCACAUAUCAUCGCCGAUGUUUAUGCUGAAGCAUACAAACAUGUCUUACAGGGCAGGCCUUACGUGAACAACUACAAUCUGUCUGGGUGUAGAGGAAUAGACUGUAUCUUUUCCGACGUGAGAACUGUCCUGGGAGAUAUCGACCUUCAGCCGUUUCCUUUGCUCCGGCUCCCAGCCGAGCUGCGCCUACAUGUGUACUCAUUUCUUCUUCCUCCUGAGCGUCGUAUCGUCCUCAGACCUCGAUCUCAGGUUGUCAGACGACCGCGUCUCAAUAUCAUGCGUGCCAACAGGCAGUUACAUGACGAAGUUAUCAACUACUUCUACAAGAACUGGAGACUGUUCGUACGAGUAGAUUCGUCACCACUAGGCCGGUUGCGUCAGGGCGAGGUCUGUUAUCAAGGGGUAAGGCCCACGAUCAACUCAGCCACCCUUGAGCUUCUCAAAGAGCUUGAGAUCCGCGUCCACGAACAUCUGGUCUACUUGACAGGACCACCCUCAAGCCGCAUUAGCUCCAUAUUUGAUACGUUCAAGCUUGAGUGUCGGGCACAAUAG